UAUAGUCCGAAAAAUACGGUAGUGAAAAAUCAAAGGAUGUGCAGGGGGGCCCAUUUUGGUAUACUUUUUUUUUUUUAAAAUAAGUAUAUAAAUGUAAUUUCAAAUAAUGUAUUUUCCUUAAGUUAUUGUUGAGUGAGAAUGUGGAAGGUGCAUGCAGACGUCCCAGUCCCAGUACACCAUGCACUGAUACAACCACUUCCUCCCUCCUACUAGCAGAUGUGAAAGUGUUGCAGCCUUCCUGGUGCACAGCAGUCAUUCUGCAUGAUCUUGUCAGCGAGAACCUGCCGCUUCCGUCUCCAUUUUUAUAUUCCGAGCACUCGUGUGCGCUGGAGGAAGGUUCAUGCAUGGACUGGAUAACUUCUGGAGAAGAAGGGAGCCUUUUUAACUGAGGGUGUAACACUCCUUAUCUCGUGACCACAGCUGCUUCUUCAAAGGCCAAAAAGACAUGGGGAUUUGCUGCUCCAUGUGCAGAUCCAAACUGCCAGUCUUGGAGAACCCACCAGACUCUGUGUCACCACCCCCUGAAGAGAGCUUGACUGUUUCGCUCUACGACUUCCCCUCGUUUGAUGGCGCCAACCUGAUCAUGACCAUCGGGGAGAGACUGACCGUCAUAUCAGAGGAUGGCGGCGUGAUGAUGGUGAGGUCAAAGACGACUAACAGAGAGACUUACAUUCCCACCAACUACACCGCCAACGUGACACAUGGGUGGUUCUUCACAGGCCUCAGCAGACACAAAGCAGAAGAACUUCUCAUGCGGCCACAAAACCAGAAUGGAAGCUUCUUGGUGCGAGCGUCAGAAACAAAAGCAGAUUGUUUUUCGCUGUCUAUCCGCUGGCAAAGCAACACUGGCUUGUCAGGCCGCGUGAAGCACUACCUCAUUGCUCAUCUGCGUAACGGCCGGGUUUACGUGUCAACAAAGUGCUCCUUCUCCUCUGUGAAACAGCUGGUGGAACAUUAUUCCGAAUCGGCGGAUGGACUUUGCUGUCGGCUAAGAGAGCCUUGCUUCAUUCAGGGUUCAGACGUGCCAGGGGGGACCAGGCUCGUCGUCCCCGCAGAUAACAGGACGCCCACACAAUGGAAGGACAUCAGCAGAUCCGUGACAGUGAAAAGGACAAACUGGUCAGACAAGGCGGUGGUGAGCGAGGGUGUGAGGGAGGCCAUCAGCUCCUACCUCCAAAUGACAGACUGCAACAAUGACGGCUGGGACACUUGAGGAAAUACGUUUAUUUCAAGUGGUAUUCAAAAUUAACUUACAUUUCUGUCUUUCUAUUCUUCAAAUAAAAAUAAAAAUAAAUACAUAUUGAAUUGCUCAAAAAAAAUAGUUUUCCUAAGCUGAAGAUGACUUAUUUGACUGAAAGUAACAGAAGUGAGUUUUUUUACGCAUAGAAUGAGCAAAUACAUGAACAUGCUACCUUGUUGACACUAAUAAGAACAUUACAGUCAUUAAAAAAAAACAUGACAUUUACUAUACAACUAGAGAUGUCCGAUAAUGGCUUUUUUGCCGAUAUCCGAUAUUCCGAUAUUGUUCAACUCUUAAUUACCGAUUCCAAUAUCAACCGAUACCGAUAUAUACAGUCGUGGAAUUAACACAUUAUUAUGCCUAAUUUUGUUGUGAUGCCCCGCUGGAUGAAUUAAACAAUGUAACAA